UAAUUAGUGGCUUCGUAGGAGACUAAUAUUACUAGCGCUUUACAUGUACAAAGAAAAGACUCACCUCUUAGUAAGAGGAGUUUUAAUUCCUGUCUAGCCCAGGAAGCAAGCGCUAUUCAUUCCCUCAAACCUCCCUCAGACAAUAACAAGCAAUUAUAAUUACCAUGGCAACCAAAGUUGUCUAUCGCGGUGAUGGCGRUGCUCCUGGCUCAGAUGAAGACACUAAAGCCAUGCAACACGCAAUAGAAGAAGARAUAGCCCUCAAGAGGUUACUGGGUAUUCCUGGUGCUUCGUCUAUGGUAGCAGGAAUCAUGAUUGGUUCGGGGAUCUUCGUGUCAGCGCGUUGGGUUCUAGUAUACAGUGGGUCGGUUGGUUUGGCGUUCUUUGUAUGGCUUUUAUGUGCUGUGGUGUCCUUCAUCGGAGGAUUGUGUUGGGUAGAGCUGGGAUUAACCUUUCCCAAGUGUGGUGGGGAAUACAUACUUAUUAAGGAGACGAUUGGUUCAGUACCCGCCUUCUCUAUCGUUUGGCUCAAGAUCAUCAUUGUCUAUCCUUCCUCGUCUGCCAUUGGUCUGCUCACGUUUGCUUCGUACUUACUAGAACCAUUCUUUCCCGGCUGUGCAAAACGAGAGGACCUGGUACCAGUAGUAAAGCUGAUAGCAGCCUGGUCUAUGUGUACCAUCUGUCUGCUCAACUGUUUAAGCGUAAAGUGGGCAGCUCGUGUUCAGAUAGUCUUCACAGCUGGUAAAUUCUUUGCUCUUGCGUUUCUGAUAGCGACGGGGUUUUAUAGUCUUGGUCAAGGCCACACAUCAAGCUUCAAGGACUCGUUCAAAGACACCACGACUCAGAUAGGAAUGGUUGGACUUGCUUUUCAGAGUGGACUCUGGGCUUUCGAAGGAUGGGAUUCUUUAAAUGACGUUACUGAGGAAGUAAAGAAUCCAAAGAGAAACAUGCCAUGGUCAGUUCUCGGUAGCGUUUUCCUGGUAACCUGUUGUUAUUUUCUGGUUAAUGUGGGAUACUUGGCUGUUUUGACUCCACAAGAAUUGAAGGAAUCCCCAGCAACUGCAGUGUCUGUAGCUCAACGAGUUUACGGUCCAAUGAUGGCUCGUAUUUUACCUCUCUUCGUCGCCGCUUCUGUUUUUGGUUCUGAGAACGGAUCUCUCUUCUCGUAUGGAAGGGUAAUGUUUUCUGCAGCYCGAGAGGGUCAUCUACCAAGYUUCAUGGCCAUGAUUCACAGAACACAAAGAACGCCUAUUUCAGCAAUGCUGUUCAGGACCAUAUUCGCCUGUAUGUUGCUGAUUCCUGACAAGAGUACAAUACAGAGUUUGAUUAGUUUGUACAGUACCGCCGAAUGGCUGACUUACACGGUGACUGUASUUGGUCUGCUCUGGACGAGGUACAAAAGACCUGAGCUUCCAAGACCUUUUAAACUUCCAAUCUUCAUUCCUGUGUUGUUCUUACUCAUUUCACUMUACCUAACCAUCUCACCGUUCAUCAAGAAGCCACUGGAAUCUUUCAUUUCGCUGUUUCUUGUCCUGACUGGGAUUCCUGUGUAUUUAUUCUUUAUACACUUUAAAUGUACACCUAAAGUUGUCKCCGCUUUCUUGGACUGGAUUGCUGUCAAGACCCAACAAGUUCUUAAUGUCAGAUAUCCCACAACUGUAGUCGAAAUUGGAUCUUAGGUUUUUUAUGUAGUUUUUAUGUACCUUAGAUUGUAAACACACAAUAAAGAUAGAGAUAUAAUAAAUGUGUACGGACAAUGGGCAGACGCGUCUGCAAAAUUUCUGCAAGUGACGAAACCUAUGUUAUACCCAUGGACUGUAGAUGUCGUAAAACAACUUCUUUCGUCACGUUUUUACGAAAUAUAUAUCAGUGUGUUUGUUUCACUUAUUGGUAGAUACCAAACAGGGUUAACUGGCCGUUAGUUGGAAACGUGAUAAGUGAGCCCUAUUUUCAAUGAUCUAAAUAUAUAAUUUAAUGUAAUCUAACAUAAAAGGAAAUGUGAAUAAAGAUGUAUURUAUUGUAUU